AUGGAAUGUCUAGUGGUAGAGGGAAAUGCCAUGGCUUUCUUGGGGCUUAUGAUGAGAGCUGUUGAGAGGGGUUGCGUGCCAGUUGUUGAAUGGUUCGUUCAAAGGGGUUGCCGGGACAUGGAAAUAUGUCUUGCCCUUACGGCUGCCACCUCCAGCAGUCAAGUAGAUAUUGCAGAAUAUCUUCUCCUGCAUGUUCCACAGCAUGUUCUUUCUGCACUCAACAUUGAAAUUCUCGAGGGUGCUAUUGCUGACAACAUUGCUAGAUCUGUUGAAGACGCUGUUGCUCCUGACCUCAAGGCCUUUCUUCAAGCGAAUUGGUCAGAGGCGGCUUUUUUGGAUGGACUGAGACAAGGGGAAGUACAUUACUUGAACCUCAAGCACAUUGUAAAAUGGGGUGAAUCUCCCAUCUGCUUAAGGGAUCUUCCGGGCCCUAUGAGGGUAACAAUAGCCUACCUCCCACUCUAUAGGGAAUGCAUUAAGACAGGAGGCCGGUUUGUUGAGGAUACUCCAGAAUCCUCUCCAGACAUUCAGCAAUCUUCUCCGGAUAUUCAACAAUCCUCUGCAUAUUUAUAG